GGCUUGGAUCACAGUCACGUUCCUGUUGCGCUGCCCAUGAAGAGCUCUCUGUGCUGCACUGACUUAAAGCUUUGGUUUGGGGUCCUGGGUGGAGAAAUGUGAUUUUUUUCCUUCCUUCCUCUUUAUGGGAUGAAUUUUGUGCCGGGAGAUGCAUGGUGUGCAGGGCAGGGCUGGCUGCCAGGCAGCCCUGAGCAGUUGGGAUUGCUCACCCCAGGGCACAGUGCCGCCCUGAUUUUUCAUUUCCUCUGCUCCAGCUGUGUGAAACCACGUUUGUCUCUGCUCUGCAGGCUGAGCCCCAGCCGCUCCGCUCCCAGCACCGCAGGCAGCCCCUGCAGCAGCAAGGCUGUGGCAUUUCCUCAUUCUCCUUCCUCUUUGCUGUGGGACAGAGCCCACUUGGCCAGGGGGCUCCAAACAGGUGGGAGCAGCGUGUUGGGCUCCUGGCAGUUGGCAGUCCCCAGGGGGCAGCUCUUGGGGACGCCCCUGGCAGGGUGCUCUGCCCAACACAACCCCGUGCUCAGGAGGAGCUCAGCAGUGCUGUGUUCCCCAGACUGGCAGCCAGGGAUCCCUUUGGCCAUCCACAUUACCACCAUGAGCUGGCCAGUGCAGAGCAACUGCUCCCAGAUGGGGAGAAAAUGAAGUCGUCCCAAAUAAUGUGAUGCAGCUGUGAUCAGCUAAGAUAUCCGAGCUCCCAAGGACCCAACUCAAGAGAAUGGGGUGUAAGAACAACCCUUUAUGGACAUCAGAGACCACUCUGCAGAGCUCGUGCAGCCCAGCUGGAGCAGACAUGAUCCAUCACACCCAGUACAGGCGAGCUCAGGGCAGCUCCAUCUGAUGUUAUUGCUUAUCUAUAAUGAACGUGAGGUCAGCUCAGCUACAGUAGCAACAGGUGCUGCACCGAGGGGACGUGCUGUGUGUCACCCCAUUAAGGUGUUAACACCUCCCAGCAAAGGAUUUCUGGACCAGAAAAUGGAUUUUCUCCUUAAAACAGUCUGUUUUAUGCUUGCAUUUCCCCAUCAGUGCUGAAUGAGGCUGUUUUCCCCAGCAGUUGAUUGCAUUUAGGAGUUCAGGGCAGCUCUCAGUUCUCGCUGUGCUGGGUCUCCACGUGUGGCUCCCAGAUGCUUUCAGCUGAACACAGGUGCUGUGAGUUGGGAUGCAUGUGCUGCAGCUGCCCUGCAGGGCUGGGUGCUCACCUGCACUCUGCCUUCCUUCUUCUAGGGCAGACCCAGUUGCAUUAAUAAUGGAAAAACCCCAGGUAAACUCAGGAGCCUUUUAGUCUCGUGCCACACCUCUGCUGCAAGGAGAACUAUUUCAAGGGCACUAAAGUCUCUGUGAAGGGCUCUCAGCAGGCCAGCCCAGUGCUAUGCGGGUCUCCCCGAAGCGCUCCCUCACGGCUGUGUUUGCAGCCUCCUUCUUCCUCCUCCUCCUCCUCCUGCACAGGGCCAGCUGGCAGCAGCAGGAUUUCCAGGUCGAUUUUAGGGAUCUACCUUCAGACACAGUCCUGAAGACACUGAAGCAAGGAGCCCUGCACAUCCACCAGGACACGGACAGCCUCUCUGCACUCAACAACAUCUCCUACCACCUCCUUGCUGGUUCCCCAUCAUCCCACAAAAAGUUCUUGGCUGUGGGACUGUCAUCAGUGCGACGACCACGUGGCUAUUACCUCCGAGACACACUGCAGUCCCUCUUCAAGCAGUCAUCAGAAGAGGAGCUGCAGGAGAUGGUGGUGGUGGUGCACCUGGCCGAUGCAAACCCCAGAUGGAACGCCUAUGUGGCUGCUGACAUCAGCCAAAGGUUCUCUCACCACAUCCUCCUGGGCCGGCUCGUGCUUAUCCACACUCCCCAUGAGUUUUACCCGACCCUGGAAGGCCUCAAGAGAAACUACAACGACCCAGAGGCGCGGGUGAAGUUCAGGUCCAAGCAGAACGUGGAUUACGCCUACCUCGUCACCUUUGCUGCCAACCUCUCCUCCUACUACCUGAUGAUUGAGGAUGACGUGUUGUCUGCCAAGUCAUUCUUCACUGCCAUCCGCAAAGCCGUGGCCUCCCAGGAAGGCUCCAACUGGGCCACCCUUGAGUUCUCCAAGCUGGGCUACAUCGGUAAGCUCUACCGCUCCACUGACCUUCCUCGCUUGGCUCGCUUCCUCCUCCUCUUCUACCAGGAGAUGCCCUGUGAUUGGCUGCUGGACCACUUCCGCCUCCUGCUUACCCAGAAGGAUGUGAUCCGCUUCAAGCCCUCCCUCUUCCAGCACAUGGGCCUCUACUCCUCCUUCCAAGGUAGUGUCAACCGACUGGAGGAUGACGAGUUCGAGGCCGAUGCCAUGGACCUUCCAGACAACCCACCAGCAGCCGUGUUCACCAACAUGCUUGUCUUUGAGAACUAUGAGCCCUCCAAGGCUUACAGCACAGCAGAGGGAUAUUUCUGGGGGAAAAACCCAGCAGUGGGCAGCAUCUUCUGCAUCGUCUUCCACCAACCAGCCCGUGUUACCCGUGUCCGGGUGCAGACGGGCUCCAAUGAGCGCCAUGGGGACUUCCUGCAUGCAGGGGUUCUGGAGCUGGGCCAGAGGCGGCGGGCUGAUGGCCGGGACUGCUCUGUGUACACCACUGUGGGCACCUUUGAGAAAGGGAACUUAGAACGGCGGGGGCUGGAUAAGGGAGCACCCAACCCUGUGGAGUGUGUGAGGAUCCGGGUCACCCAGAGCCAGAGUGAGUGGCUCAUCAUCCAGAGCAUCGAUAUCUGGACUGCAGGCACCUGAGCAGGGCUGUGAUGGGUUGGAUUUUGCUCUAAGAAGAGGUUUAUUUUUCUCAGUCCUUUUUUUGAUUUAAAGGAGAAUUAAAUUAUUCAGCCAAGCUGGUCCUACCUGCUGAAUGUAGAGGGGUGGCAGGGCAACUGUGGGUCUGCUUCCUGCAGGAAGAUGGAUGGGGGAUGCUGCAGAGAGCAGUGCCCAGCCCUGCAGCCCAUCAGUAUGGGGAGAGUGAUGGACACGCAGCUCUGCAAGCUCUUUGUGUCCUGGUGGAGUGCCACUUUCCCUGCUCUGAGCAGUGGGGUCCUGCUUCCUUUGUUCCCUGGUGUCCUUCUCGGUACCUCCUUAGGCCCUGACUCAGCUAAUUAAUUAACAGCAGUGAGUCUAUUAGCCAGGCAACAGCAUUUUUUGCAACUUCUCAACACCACCCCAUCCUCAGUUGUCUAACCCUUACCUCCUGACUUUCUAUCACACUGCUGUUAUUCUCUUAUCCUGUUUUCAAGCUACUUCUGCAAGUCUCCUGAGCAGCACCCCAUAUGGGAAGCCAGAAGUCCAGGCACUGCCUGCAGGAGCCUCUGGUAUCGCUGAUUUCUGUGCUGCUGGGAGGGGCAGCGGCCACCAGAUGGACCCACAGCACCGGCUCAGUCCUUGCAGGGCACCCGGGGCAGCUCUGAUGUUCAGACCCGGCAGGGAGAUUU